GAUCAUUCCGCAGGUGACUGCGUGCAGAGCUCCUCAGCACAGGGACAGACCGCCCCACAGCCAGCUCAGCAUUCGUCUGAACAGCAAGAUUAAACGAUGAAUAAUCAAUACAUUUCUGUGAGCCCCACAGAAAAUAUAAAAGUGAAGACUGAAAAUGGACCUAGUUUGAAGAAAAAGCGCUACGUCCGGAAAGAGGGCAGCUGUAAUGUUACAUUCCGCCAUAUUCCUGAGGAGUGGCUGCUGUUUGUCACUGACAUCUUCACCACCUUGGUGGAGAUCAAGUGGAGGAUGAUGUUCCUGAUCUUUGCCCUGUCAUACAUCCUGUCCUGGCUCUUCUUUGGCAUCCUUUUUUGGGUCAUAGCUAUAGCUCAUGGAGAUGUCAGGGACCACCACAACGACCCGUGUGUAUACGAGGUGCGCAGCUUCACAGCUGCUUUCCUCUUCUCACUUGAAACUCAGACCACUAUCGGCUAUGGUUUUAGAGGAAUGUCCGAGAACUGCAUGAUCGCUAUCAUCCUCGUCACCAUCCAAGAUGUCAUCAGCUGCUUCAUUGACACCUUUGUGAUUGGAAUAGCAGUUGCAAAAAUGGCCUCAGCGAGAAAGAGGGCACAGACAGUGGGCUUCAGUAACUGCGCCGUCAUCAGCCUCCGAGAUGGUUACUUGUGUCUCUCCUGGAGAGUCGGCGACUUCCGCCGGUACCACCUCGUAGAGGGGACUGCUUCCGCUCAGAUUGUUCACUUCACAGUGCACACCACAGGUAAAAUUGACGUGACCUAUGAAGAUCUGGUCAUCCAGCAGAAGGACAUUGUCCUUGUCACACCCACAACUGUCCUACACCGAAUUGAGCCUGGAAGCCCAUUGUACAAGAUGACCUUAGAAGAUCUGCGAAAGGCUGACUUUGAGUUGGUGGUUUCAUUCACUUACACAGAUGAUACCACAGGCAUCCUGCAUCAGACACGGACAUCCUACACUCCAGAUGAGAUUCUCUGGGGUCAUCUGUUCCAGGAGAUGAUCAGGGCUAACAGGAGCCACUAUAGGGUGGAUUAUAACUUGUUUAAUCAUACAGCUAAGGUGCACGUGCCCAUGGUCAGUGCUGAAGAGUUCGAGCAAAAGAAGCAGCUGCGGCUUUCUGCUCAGAAAUCUCCCAGAAGCACCGCUAAGGCCAUGCCGCGGUCUGAGUCUCACGGAAAUCGGCUGAAAACUCCAGCAGUACAAGUUGAAGUUGUAUAUGACGUCCCUGAAACGACUGAGUCAACGUGUCAAGCAGGAAGGAAAUGUCCAGACACUCUGUCACCACCUGAUGGUCCCGCUGAGGCAGCUGAAGAAUGAGCUGAGACUCAACUUAGCAUUUUUACAUAGAAAUGUUUCUGCAUGUUUUCAUUGUGAGUCAAAUUUAGAACACGUUGAACACAUUUGCUUAUAAGUUUCAUUAAAACCACAAUUGUGUUUUUAGAAUAGAAUUUCUGAAAAAUAUCCUUAUUAUUCCUAGGCUUUCAACUAACAAGAUACUAAUGAGCAGCACAAACGUGGCACUGUGUUGAAUCUGCUUUUCUUUUUACAAUAUCUAAGAAAAUGCGUGGAACAGAACAGAUCAGUUGUAUACUAGAUUUAAUGUCUUAGAUUUUGUGGCUCUACUUUUCACUUUGCUCUUUGUAAAUGCAUUUUUAAAACAAGAAAGCUUUAACAAGAAUAUUCACUAGCAUAUAGAGUAGUUUGCUGUGGUUAUCAGGACAUUAUCAGGACUGAUUAUAUGUCAGGACAUUUAAAAACAUUUUUUGCUAUUGGUAUUUGUUAAGAAUUUGUCAUGAAAUAUUUUAAAAAUAAAAUCUAAAGACAGAAGUUUACCACUUUAUAAUCUCUUGAUUUAAACAGCUUUUGUCUUCAUUGUCCUGAUAAAAUGUUUUAUCAGGAGCAGUUGGUGUUCAUGUUUGAUAACUCUUUGGAUUUUUUAUGUUUGUUUUAAAAUGUUUUUUUUUUGUUUGUUUUCAAUGAAGAAAAAUAAAUCUUAAAACUUUGUGUGGGCAUUGAAAGCUAUGGGUGACCUUCACUUGUUUUAGAUAGUCUUUCUACUACUGUGUUGCACCAGUGUGAGCUGUGGGGAGAUCCUCCCACAUCCUCAGCAUUCUCCCCACACACACUAAAAGGUCAGAGGUCGACCCGUUCUCGAGAGUUGCGGCUUUUGCCAUUUUUUUUUUUUUUUAAUGAAUGUUGCUUUAAUUUCCAUGUGAAAGCACACUAUUUACAAAAAUGAAUGGAGGUCUUGGAAGACCUAACUCUUUAAAUUAGUUUGUUCUGUUCCAGAAAAUCAUUUUUUAUUUGAAGCAUAAAUGUCAGAAUUGUCCAUCAAAUAAACUGAAAGAUUUCACAGCAGAUUAUUUGCCAUUCACUGUAAAUCGCAUUAGAGAGCCUCAUAUUAGAUGUCCUCAUCUCAACCAAAAAAUGGACUGGCCCCACCACAAAACAUGUUUUACACAUCAAAUAACAACACACUGCGGUGGCGCAGUGGUUAGCGCUCUAGCCUCACAGCGAGAAGGCCCCGGUUCGACUCCCGGCUGGGACCGUUCUGUGUGGAGUUUGCAUGUUCUCCCCGUGCAUGCGUG